AGAUUUCUCCAUCUUAUUAAGGAGGAAUGAUGGCCUGUUUUUAUAGCUGAUGGUAUCAUGCAAAAACCAGAUGUUCAAAAAGAUGGAGACAUUAACAUACAGAGAAGCUAACUUGCCAAAGUUCAGAGCAAGAUAUUGGUGGAUCCUGGGAUAAAUCCUAAGUCUCUCAACUUCUUGACCAGUUUAGUCCAUUGACUAUGCAGCCUAGUGUAAUAGACUGGAAUGAUGUUAGGAAACACAAAUAUGGUCACCUAUCAGAGUCUACAUCCCAAUAUCAAGAAACUGCUGACAUCCUGGAGCUAGCAUCUAGUGCUUUUUGCAUGGCCCAAAAGGGGCCCUGUGCUGCUCCACUACAGAGGAAACUUCAAGAAAUGCUGGUUUGCUACAAUGUUUUAGCUUGUGACAUCUGGGACCUUCCCUGCUCCCUCAUGGGGUCACCUCUAGGUCAUUUUACCUGGGACAAAUACCUAAAAGAAACAUGUUCAGUCCCAGCGCCUGUCCAUUGCUUCAAGCAGUCCUAUACUCCUCCAAGCAAUGAAUUCAAGAUCAGCAUGAAAUUGGAAGCACAGGACCCUAGAAACACUACAUCCACCUGUAUUGCCACAGUAGUUGGACUAACGGGUGCCCGACUGCGCCUACGCCUUGAUGGAAGUGACAACAAAAAUGACUUCUGGCGACUAGUUGACUCAGCUGAAAUCCAACCUAUUGGGAACUGUGAGAAGAAUGGGGGUAUGCUGCAGCCCCCUCUGGGAUUUCGACUGAAUGCGUCCUCUUGGCCUAUGUUUCUUUUGAAGACAUUAAAUGGAGCAGAGAUGGCUCCUAUCAGGAUUUUCCACAAGGAACCACCUUCUCCUUCCCACAACUUCUUCAAAAUGGGAAUGAAGCUAGAAGCAGUGGACAGGAAGAACCCUCAUUUCAUCUGCCCUGCCACGAUUGGGGAGGUCCGAGGCUCAGAGGUGCUUGUCACUUUUGAUGGAUGGCGAGGGGCCUUUGACUACUGGUGCCGGUUCGAUUCCCGGGACAUCUUCCCUGUGGGCUGGUGUUCCAUGACUGGAGACAACCUGCAGCCUCCUGGCACAAAAGUUGUGAUUCCAAAGAAUUCCUAUCCUGCAUCUGAUGUGAACACUGAGAAGUCCAGCACCCACAGCAGCACCAAAACUCUCUUGGAGCAUCAACCAGGGCAGAAGGGGCGUAAACCAGGAAAGAAGCGGGGCCGGACACCCAAGACCCUAAUUUCCCAUUCCAUCUCUACCCCAUCUAAGUCAGCUGAACCUUUGAAAUUUCCAAAGAAGAGAGGUCCCAAACCUGGCAGUAAGAGAAAACCUCGGACUUUGCUGAACCCACCACCCACCUCACCAACAACAAGCACCCCUGAACCGGACACCAGCACUGUGCCCCAAGAUGCUGCCACUAUCCCCAGCUCAGCCAUGCAGGCCCCCACAGUGUGUAUUUAUUUGAACAAGAACGGCAGCCCAGGCCCUCACUUAGAUAAGAAGAAGGUCCAGCAACUCCCUGACCAUUUCGGGCCAGCCCGCGCCUCUGUGGUGUUGCAGCAAGCUGUCCAGGCUUGCAUCGACUGUGCUUACCACCAGAAAACGGUCUUCAGCUUCCUCAAACAGGGCCACGGCGGUGAAGUUAUCUCAGCCGUGUUUGACCGAGAGCAGCACACCCGCAACCUCCCAGCGGUCAACAGCAUCACCUACGUCCUCCGCUUCCUGGAGAAGCUCUGCCACAAUCUUCGUAGUGACAAUCUGUUUGGCAACCAGCCUUUUACACAGACGACUCACUUGUCACUCACGGCCACAGAGUACAGCCACAGCCACGACAGGUACCUACCAGGUGAAACCUUUGUCUUGGGGAAUAGUCUGGCCCGGUCGCUAGAGCCACACUCCGAUCCAAUGGACUCUGCCUUGAAUCCCAACAACCUUGUUGUCAGCACCUCCCAAAAUCUUCGGGCCUCUGGGUACCGGUCCUUGCUUCCAUCCUGUGGCCUCCCACAAGGCACUGCCUCAGCUGUGCGUAGGCUAUGUUCUAGGGGGUCGGACCGAUACCUGGAAAACCGGGAUGCCUCUCGACUGAGUGGGCGGGACCCCUCCUCGUGGACAGUAGAGGAUGUGAUGCAGUUUGUUCGAGAAGCUGACCCUCAGCUUGGACCCCACGCUGACCUCUUUCGCAAACAUGAGAUCGACGGCAAAGCCCUGCUUCUGCUGCGCAGUGACAUGAUCAUGAAGUACAUGGGGCUGAAGCUGGGGCCUGCACUCAAGCUCUCAUACCACAUUGACCGGCUGAAGCAGGGCAAGUUCUGAAAAAGGAGGUGCACCCCAGACAGACGGGGUGCUCAUCCCCUGUGAAGGAGGGCAGUCCACUCACUUCCGGGCACCACAGGGAUUCCGAGCCUCCUCAGGACUCCAGGAGGCUGUGCAGAACCACCACUGCCACCUUCCUGCCAUGAUGUGUCCUUCUAUGAAGGGCUGGAGAGGGGAGAUUGUGGGGCCUGGGGCUGGCGCUGCUCUUCCCCUCAGCCCUGCCUCAGCUCUGAGGGGCCCUGUAUGCAUUCUCCAAUCCGGGCAGCCUCUCACCAGGGUCUGGACUGGUCACCUCCCAAGUAAUAGUGGAAGGAGCCAACUCGGGGGCCUUGGAAAACAGGGUCUUGAAUUGGCAGUGGGCCCAAUUCCCUCACCAUCUGCUAAGCCUAGUGUGGCACCCAUGCUCUACAGCUCCUGACUUCUCCCCACCAGCUCCCCAGACUUCAAACUGAUGGUGCAAAACCUCUACUUUAAAGACAAAAAAAAAGAUCUUGCAGUUAAUUUAUUGUCUCUGGCACUUGAGCAAGCCCUCCAGCUGAUACUGCCCUGGUCUCAGAGCCUAGGUUUCAAGAGACAGGAGAAUGACUGCCCUGCCCCAGAGAGACCCUCUCCAUCCAGAUGGGCCUGGCCCUUUUCAGAGAACACUACCCUAGGACCUCUGGGGUUGACCACAUGCCUCAGCGAGAGGAGGGGAGGGGGAGAGGGUGCAGUCCCCUUCCCCUCUCUCCCCUGCAGGGCUCUUCACAGCUCCCAACCUCACCUGUGGGAAUGGAGGCCCCUUCUCACCCUCUGCCCCUCCGCCAGCUCCUUGCCUCAACCAGAACUGCUACCACAAGAGUGAGCCCAGUGAUUUUAGGCCAAGAAAGCCCUAAUGGAUGGGAAGGGGCGGGGUCUCCAGUCUGAGGGCUUGCUCCGCCCUCUCCACUGUUCAUUUGCUUCCUUUGUAAGCAAAUCAACAGCAAGCUACCCUGCCACCAUCUGAACUUAUUUUAUGUCGAUUUGUUUAUAAAUAAAAAUCAUUAUAGAUAA